AUGGCUACCAAAAUAUCAUCCAUCACAGGCAUUGAGCCACAGGCCGAAAUAGCCAAGAGUUAUAACAACCCCCCCGAUGAAGUUGUUGAUGAUCUACAAAAAAUUAAUGCCCGUAGAUGGGACCCCAACCUCCCACAGGAGAACAUCGACGCCAUCGAGGCAUCUAAAUCCGAGGACCAGGAAAAAGCCGCCGAAGUAGACAAGCCAGUUCUAGACGACUCGCCGUAUGAAUCCGUCCGUGCAGCCGUGAGGAAUACCGACAAUGGAGAGGUCGCCAAUACCGUUCGCGCGUGGGUUCUCGGGAUGAUAUUCGUGACGCUGGGUAGUGGAUUGAAUAUGUUUCUCAGCAUGCGGAACCCUGCAAUCUCCUUCCCCGCCAUUGUGGUGCAGUUGCUGGUGUAUCCCUUUGGCUGCUUGUGGGCGCGGGUGAUGCCAACAAGAGUGUUUCAUACAUGUGGCGUACGAUGGACGUUGAACACCGGUCCUUUUACCAUCAAGGAACAUACAGUGAUCACAAUUAUGGCAAAUGUGUCCAUUGGCUAUGCAUACAGCACCGAUGCCUUGCUGGCUCUCAAAGCAAAACCGCUGUAUAAUCUGGACAUUGGAUGGGGAUUCCAACUUCUCUUUACUUUGAGCAGCCAGUUGAUUGGCAUCUCGCUCGCUGGGAUGUUCCGGCGAUUUCUCGUCUGGCCCGCGGCGAUGAUUUGGCCCGGUAUGUUUUCCAACUCGUCUCUGUUCUACGCUUUACAUGAUAAGAGUAUGUCGGAUGCGUCGCAAACGAACGGAUGGAAGAUUUCGAGGUAUCGAUACUUCCUGUAUGUGAUGGUGGGAGCUUUUGCCUGGUAUUGGAUUCCGGCGGUGAUAUGGCAGGGACUGUCUGUUUUCGCCUUUAUUACUUGGAUAAAACCCAACAAUGUCGUCCUAAACCAGCUCUUCGGAGGAUAUACUGGGCUGUCUUUGAUACCAAUCACCUUUGACUGGACAUACGUCUCUGCAUAUCUCAUGGACCCAUUGCUGGCCCCGUGGCAUGCGCAUCUCAACACGCUUAUUGGGCUGAUCGUAUUUGUUAUACUUUCUAUCAUCGGCAUCACCUACACUGGAGCUCUGUACUCUGAUUAUCUCCCCAUGAACACACCGACCACCUACGACAAUAGACAAAAACCCUACGAUGUGUCUCGCAUCCUCGGACCGGGCUUUACCUUCGACGAGCAGAAAUACAAACACUACUCACCUAUGUUCCUGGCUCCUUCGUUCGCCUUGAACUACGGGCUCUCCUUCGCGGGACUGACAGCGGCCCUUGUGCACAUCAUCCUAUUCCACCACAAGGAGAUUUGGUAUCGAUUCAGAGCCGCACGGGACCAAGAGCCGGAUGUCCACCUGCAGCUGAUGAAGAAAUAUCGCGAGGCACCGGACUGGUGGUACGCAGCGCUGUUUUUAGUCUCGGUGGCAUUCGGGUUAGCCGGGGUUCUGGGAUACGAUUCACAGCUUCCAUGGUGGGCUUUCUUCGUGUCGAUUAUUAUCGCCAUAGUGUUUAUCAUCCCAACAUGUAUGAUUCUGGCAAUUACCAACGUAACAUUAUCGCUCAACGUGCUCUCCCCCUUUCUGGCUGGUUUCAUAAUCCCCGGACGGCCUAUCGGAGUGAUGGUAUUUAAAGUCUUCAGCACCAUCACUCUCGGACAAGCUCAAUACUACUGCCAGGAUCUGAAGCUAGCACACUACAUGAAAGUCCCACCCCGCGUGGUCUUCACCUGCCAGGUAGCCGCCACCAUCUGGGCCGCUUUUGUCCAGAUCGCUGUGAUGAACUGGACACUAGGAAACAUUGAUCAAGUCUGCAUGCCUCAUCAAUCCGCACAUUUCACCUGUCCGAACGGGAAAACCUUUUUCUCAUCUAGUAUUGUCUGGGGUGUCAUUGGUCCCAACCGCAUGUUCGGUCCGGGGGGGUUAUACACAUCCAUCCAAUGGUUCUGGCUCGUCGGUGCUCUUCUCCCAGUGGUAUUCUACCUCGCUGUGCGAGUGUGGCCACGAUCACCGAUUCGAUUCCUAAAUGCGCCUGUCAUGUUAGGGGCAAUGUCCUGGCUUCCUCCAGCGACCCCGCUGAGUUUUUCCACGUGGGCUAUUUUUGGUCUUCUAUUCAACUACUGGAUCCGUCGUCGGUGGUCCGGCUGGUGGCAUACGUAUAACUAUAUCACGGCCGCGGGGCUGGAUUCCGGCCUGGUAUUGUCUACGAUUGUGAUUUUCUUUGCGAUUACUUUGCCGGGUGUGUCGAUUCCCAAGUGGUGGGGGAAUACAGCGCCGUAUUUGACUAUGGAUUCGCAGGCUACCGCAUAUAAGAAGAAGAAGGUCACGGAGGAGGAUGCGGAGGUCGACAUGGAAAGCUCACUGCAACAGCUAGAGCGGCUAGGGGCUGAGCUAAAAGACGACAGCAAUGUUACAAUGCAGUUUGGGACAGUUGUGUUAAUUGUUAAUUGGUGGUAA